UAAAGCAAAUAAAGGGGCUGGAAAUAUGGCUCAGAGGUUAAGAGCACUUGCUGCUCUUUCAGAAAGCAGGGCUUAAAGAGAUGGGACUUGCAGACACCCUUGCCUCAUCUGAAUAAAUUUCUGUAUUUCCUUCUUAGGUUCGCCUGGCCCUAAUGCAUGCUGAGUACUUCAUGAAUAAUGUUAAGAUGAAUGACUAUGUCAAAGACAGUGAGGAAUGUAAGCCUGUCAUCAUUAAUGCCCUAAAGGCCAUGUAUGACCUGAACAUGAACGGACCCUCCAAUUCUGACUUCACCAACCCACUCACCAGGCCCCGUCUGCCCUAUGCCAUUCUAUUUGCUAUUGGUGGCUGGAGUGGCGGAAGCCCCACCAAUGCCAUUGAGGCAUACGAUGCUCGGGCAGACAGAUGGGUGAAUGUCACUUGUGAGGAAGAGAGUCCACGAGCCUACCAUGGGGCAGCCUACUUGAAAGGCUAUGUUUAUAUCAUCGGGGGGUUUGAUAGUGUAGACUACUUCAAUAGUGUUAAGCGCUUUGACCCUGUGAAGAAAACCUGGCACCAAGUGGCCCCUAUGCACUCUAGACGUUGCUAUGUCAGCGUGACAGUCCUCAGCAAUUUCAUCUAUGCCAUGGGAGGGUUUGAUGGCUAUGUGCGUCUCAACACUGCAGAACGAUAUGAGCCAGAGACCAAUCAAUGGACACUCAUUGCCCCCAUGCAUGAGCAGCGGAGUGAUGCAAGCGCCACAACACUCUAUGGGAAGUUGUCUUUCAGUACCCACUGAAGAUUGGAUGACGGUCCAGUGUACACAGCCGCAUCCAGAUGCUCGAGUCUCAGAUAACAUGGUAUGGUGCUUGUGUAUAGCCUACGCACAGUUGUAUGUGGGGGCACACACCCAUAAACCUAGCACUCGGGAGGCUAAGACAGGAAGAUUGCUAUGAGUUUAAGGCCAGACUGGGCUACACAGAGUUCAAGGCAAAUGGUGGCUACACAGGAAGACUGUCUCAAACAAAGAAAACUGUUGUAUAACUUCCUCCCCUAUGUUGUUACUUUGUAAAAGUUUAAAAAUUAGAAAAGUAACCCCGAGAUGAAA